AUGGAAAAAUCCGUCUGGCAACGUUAGAACUUGGAUGCCUGUUGCUGAAGCAGCUUGUGUUUUCUAAAAAUGGCAGCAUCAUAAAAGAUGUUCACCUUGCUUGUCUUGAGGGUGCAAGGGAAGAAAGCGUUCAUCUCCUUCGUCGUUUCUAUAAGGGUGAAGAGAUUUUUCUGGAUAUGUUUGAAGAUGAAUACCGGAGCAUGACAAUGAAACCCAUGAAUGUCGAGUACUUGAUGAUGGAUGCCUCGAUCUUGUUGCCUCCAACGGGGACACCACUGACUGGUAUUGACUUUGUGAAAAGAUUGCCUUGUGGAGAUGUGGAAAGAACACGAAGAUCAAUCAGAGUUUUCUUCAUGCUCCGUUCACUAUCACUGCACUUGCAAGGGGAGCCAGAAACUCAGUUACCACUCACAAGAGAGGAAGAUCUGAUAAAGACAGAUGAUGUUCUUGACUUGAAUAACAGUGAUCUGAUUGCUUGUACAGUCAUUACAAAGGAUGGGGGUCAAGUCCAAAGAUUCCUGGCUGUGGAUAUUUACCAGAUGAGUUUGGUUGAGCCAGAUAUUGCCAGACUUGGAUGGGGAGUAGUUAAGUUUGCUGGCCUUUUGCAGGAUAUGCAGGUGACAGGAGUAGAGGAUGACAGUAGAGCUCUGAACAUAAUAAUUCAUAAGCCUGCCUCAAGUCCUCAUUCGAAGCCCUUCCCUAUCCUUCAAGCUACAUUUAUUUUUUCUGAUCACAUUCGCUGCAUUAUUGCAAAGCAACGUCUUGCAAAAGGCCGUAUCCAGGCUCGGCGUAUGAAAAUGCAGAGAAUAGCAGCUCUCCUGGAUCUUCCUGUUCAGCCUUCAAAUGAAGUUAUGGGUUUUGGACACAGCUCUGCAGCUACAGCCCAGCACCUUCCAUUUAGAUUUUAUGAUCAGUCACGGCGUGGUAGCAGCGAUCCUACGGUGCAGCGCUCUGUUUUUGCGUCUGUUGACAAAGUUCCGGGCUUUGCUGUAGCCCAGUGUAUAAAUCAGCACAAUCCCUCACCAGUCUCCUCACCCUCCCCUUCCAGUGGCAGUGGGAGUACGGGGCGCUGUGAUUCAGUGACUGCAAGCUCAACAUCCACUCCCUCUGCUGCACAGAGUCCAUCAGUAAGGUCUGGCAGGAAAGGACGUCGGCGGGUGUUUAGUCUGUCGGAGGCUGACAGUCACGGUGGACACUGGGUUUAGGUCUUCGAGCAGCAGCUGCAACAGCAACUCGCGCAAUAUCAAUUCAGAUGACGCUUCAGCUCCAGAGCAGCCUCAGAUGACCGUUUCUGGUCAGAUGAUCCUUUCUGGCCAGAUGAUGUUGACUGGUGAAACUCUUUCAGCUGUCUCAAAGUCUAGCAAGAACGCUGUAAAAAACAGUGACCUAGAAACAGUAAACCUAUCUCCUAGCCUGAUUCCUGCACAGCAGCCCACCAUAUCGUUAAUAACAGGUGAC